AAGAGGCUGGGGAGGAAGCAUAGCAAGCAGAGCUGGAGACUGAUGUGAGCUUCAUCUCUCUCUCCAGGAGAGGCUCUACAUCAACUCCAUGGCCAACAUUUCCAGGGUGUUUAAGAAGACCUGCUCCAAUGGGAAGCUUUCCAUCUACCUGGGGAAACGAGACUUCGUGGAUCAUGGGGACACGGUGGAACCCAUUGAUGGUGUAGUCCUGGUCGACCCCGAUUACUUAAAAGGUCGAAAGAUGUUUGUCAUGUUGACAUGUGCCUUUCGCUAUGGCCGUGAUGACUUGGAUGUGAUUGGGCUGACGUUUCGCAAAGAUCUGUAUGUACAGGUCCAGCAAGUCAUCCCAGCUGAGCCCACCAGCCCCCAGAGGUCUCUCACAGUCCUGCAGGAGCGCCUACUGCACAAGCUGGGGGACAAUGCCUACCCCUUUACCCUUCAGAUGGCUGUCAACCUGCCCUGUUCAGUGACACUGCAUCCAGGUCCUGAGGAUACAGGAAAGGCCUGCGGGGUCGACUUCGAAGUGAAGGGUUUCUGUGCUGACAACCUGGAGGACAGCGUCCCCAAGAGAGACUCUGUGCGGCUGGUCAUUCGAAAAGUGCAAUUUGCACCCCCGGAGCCAGGCCCUGGCCCCUGGGCCCAGACCACUCGCCGCUUCCUUCUGUCGGCUCAGCCCCUACAACUCCAGGCCUGGAUGGAGACGGAGGUUCAUUACCAUGGCAAGCCCAUCUCGGUCAAUGUUUCUAUCAAUAACUGCACCAACAAGGUCAUCAAGAAAAUCAAGAUUUCAGUUGACCAGAUCACAGAUGUUGUCCUGUAUUCACUAGACAAGUACACCAAGACUGUGUUCAUGCAGGAGUUCACGGAGACUAUAGCUGCUAACUCCAGCAUCUCCAAGAGCUUUGCAGUAACCCCACUCCUGGAUGCCAGCAGCCAGAAACGGGGCCUGGCACUGGAUGGCAAACUCAAGCAUGGUGAUACCAAUCUGGCCUCUAGCACGAUCCUUCGACCUGGAAUGACCAAGGAGCUGCUGGGGAUCCUGGUGUCCUACAAAGUCAGAGUCAAUCUGAUGGCGUCCAGUGGAGGCAUCCUAGGUGACUUGACAGCCAGCGAUGUUGGUGUGGAGCUGCCCCUGAUCCUGAUGCAUCCGAAGCCAUCUCAUGAGGCUGCCAGCUCCGAGGACAUAGUCAUCGAGGAGUUCACGCGGCAGGAGCCGGGCGCGGAGGACGCCCAGGAGGCGCCGGCGGCCGAGGGGGACGAAGGGAACUGAGCCCCUGGCUCUGGCGCGUCUGUGUGGGGGUCCCCCGUAACGCUCCAAUAAACCCGCUUGUCCCGA